UUAGUUUUUYUCAAACUUUAAAAUCAAAAUCGUAAAUUCUUAAAGGCCCGCAACUUUUCAUGACAAUCCAAAGAAUUUAAGCAUAGAAGUGGUGUUCGUGGCAAGAGCAAGAAGCCGAGUACGUUUGUUUGCAAAAAAGCUCGAAUAAAAAGCUGCUAUCUGCAAAAAUUACAGCAAUACAAAAAAGCCCACUAUGGCGAAGUAUUCUUGCCACGACACCCCCUUUCUAUGUGAGUAUUGUCAGGCACGCGGUUUAAGCCCAAUGAGAGUAGAAAACCCAAGACUACAACUGUUGCGUGUCAAAGAACGUAGGGUCUUUCGUAUAAAAUCCGAACCUCGCCCUUGUGAGAGUGAAGCAAAUAACAACAGCAAACACAAUUUUGAUCAAAAGGCAACUCAAACGCACGAAAAGCUUAAAAGACCGAAAAUCACAGCAAAAGUCUCGCAUCUUCCGAAUGGGAACUAUGAAAAGGAGAUAAAGAAGCAAGAAACAGAACAAGAACCAUCUACCUCAAAAGCGUAUUCAUUUAGAGAACGUACGGAACGAAAACAGCGCUAUUUGCCUGAAGAGGCGACUAUAAGUAAAGGAAAUGAAAGAAAUUCGCCCAAUUUAGGGGGGCCUCUAAAGCGAACAGUUUCGAAAAUACCUAAAGAGGACGACACAGACGAUACAAGUAUUACAGGAAAAAUCCAAACGAGAGAGUCAAGUAAAAAGCGAAAAGUAGCACACAUUCCUGAACAAUACCCYGACGAAACACAUUUAGAUACAAGAUCAGAGAGAGUUUACGUCGUUAAUCAGUAUGAAACAAUGACGACAGAAGAAACCACAAGCUCCUCCGCAUACUCUCAAGAGCAAAUGAUAUCCAUAAUAAAUGGAAAGAGUGAAGACAGUGAGUUAGAACGCUGGUAUAGAUAUAGAAACCCUGAAUCGAAAUUAAAAGAAAGGGGCACUAAACYUUCACGGAUACCAGUGAGAAAACGUAGGCAAACAAGAAGGACAUCGGCAACAACAACUUCAAGCAGUGAUCACGAAAAAGAUACGAUUAAACAUUUUAAAGAAAGUGCUUCAGAAUACAAACUGUUAAGAGUUUCACAGAAAACUCUAUCAACAAGCACAAGUUCAAGUAGUAUASAACAAAAGCAUUCAGAACACGGAGUUCAAGAAGUUGAAAAUCCGAAARAUUCUGUAAAAGUAUCACAGACAGACAUUAAAGAAUACAUUUCAAAAACGAAAACUCCACCACCGAUAAAACCGAAACCAAAAUCGAAUAAAAUCAAAAUUGAAGGAAACAAAGAGGACCAUGAGAAAUGCACUAAUUAUCCCCCGGGACUAGAACUUCUAGAAAACAUCAUUCCUAAAAACUCGGAUUUCGAACGAAAGCGUAAUAGUAAAAAAUCUAUACGACAGUCAACAUUAGAACAAUCUUUAAGUACAAAAUCAAUAAUAAUUAUAUCAAAUCAAGGGAGUGACAUUCGUUCGCCAAAACCAGAGCUCAGUAUAGGAAGCAUGCAUUCCACUUCAUAUAUAUUACAGAGAAAAUGUGAACUGUUYGAAUCAAGUAUUAGAAUUAGUGCAYCGAAUUMUUCACAAGAAAAUGCUACAACACAAUUAUUCAAAGUGCAAGGGCCGGCAAAAGACAUCCAAAUAACCACCAAAUAUUCUGAUUGUUCUUGCGAAAUUUCUUCUCAAAAGACAGAAUCUCAGCAGAAAUAUGGCACAACCGAAACUUUUGAUAAUAUUCAGGAAUUCGACAAUGAUGAAACUUUAAAGGAAUGCUCUUUUGUUUCCCUAAUAAAAACCGAUUCAUUUGAAACAAUUCAGCAAGAUUGCAUUAUUGAUAUGGAUCAAGAACGCUCGCCAGAAGUCGUUGAAACCGUGAUAGACCGUGCUAACAGUCAUGGVACAAGUACUGAGAGUAAUUUAUCUGAAGAUUUGAAAUAUUAUGAAAAAUUCAGUAACUAUCGCUUAAUACCAAAACUUCGUCGUAUGUCWAGUGUAGAAAACUCAGAUGACCAUCCCUUACCCAUAAAAAGACACGWUGAACUAAAGAAACAACUGUUAAAUGAAAAUAGUCAACAGCAGUUAAGUAAGGUAUUGCAAAGCGACAGUGAUGAACCACAAGAUUCUUUAUCAGAGAAUUUCGAGCAAGCCAAAAACAAUUAUAAGGACAGAAAACUAUUAGAGCAGAAAUUGCAAAGUUUUCGCCUAUAUGAAUAUAUACCCGAUCCAGAUGAAAAAAAUGGCCCAUGUAAAGAAAAUGAAAGUGGAAGAUCUUAUAAAACGAGACAUUCUGCAUCUGAAAGUUUUAAGUCAACCGAAGAUCAACAAAGGUGCCGAGAAAGCACUCACUAUGAAGCAAUAARGAGUGCACGAGAUGUGGCGGUAGUCGCAGAGUUGAAUGAAUAUAGAAAAGGCAGCGAUUUAGACAACCGACUUUUGAAGCCAUUUAAGUAUCCAACAAGCAUAUAUGAAAGGCUAUCAAAAUAUCAACCAAUGAACGAACCGUGGACCACGCGGACAAAGUCGCUACGAUCUAAGGAAACACAAACUUUACCGGAAGUGGAAUACGCUCGCUGGGAGAAUUCGAAAAAAACAACACGUAACAGGGCCACACAAAAACAAAAGUCAACAAAUAGUGUAUCGGAAGAAAGAGAGCGAUCGCUAGAGAACAUAUCUGUUAAACAAAGGAGUUUUGGAGAAAAGCAAGAUCUAUUCAAUGAUCUAAGUGGAACGAACAAAGCGAUUGUAGAAGCGACAACAGAGAACUUGUUCACAAACCACAAACAAUCRUUCGAUCUGUUAAGCCCCAAAUCAUCACAAGAUCACACAGAAUCUAGAAAAGCCCUAGCUUUAAAACAGGAAGAAGCGGGCAUUAGUUUGCGUUCGGGAAACCGGAGAAAACGUGUAACUUCGGAAAGCAUAAAUUUGGGAAAUAACAUUACAAAGAAGGAGAGACAAAAUCAAUAUUGCAGGGAUUCACCAAAUAAGCUAACCAAAAGCAAAGUAAAACAUAAAACUCACAAAGAAAAUAAAAUGCUUAACAAUAAAAAGCAAACCGAAUGUGACUGUGCCCUAGAAAAGGUAGUUGAGGAGAAACUGAAUAAUAAAACGCUUGCAGAAAAGAUUAAAGAAAGAAUUGAAGAAGACGCCUUGCAAAGAAAAAUCAAGAAAAGAGAAGACGUGGGUUUAAUGAAAAACAGAUCGUCUGCGGAAAAUGUCAUUCGAAGGAAACAGGAAAAGAAGUUAAAAAAUAAAACGGAGAACAGUUGCGAUGAAUGAUGAAAAGGUUUGGGUGCAAUGAAAUACACGGACAAUUAAAAACUGGUUUAAGCGAAGAAAGCAUGGAGAGGGAACAGCAAUAAAUGAUUCUAAGGAGAGUGAUGAACGUUGAAAAAGCAAUCUGGUGAAAUUGUACGCAAAAACCGUUAUCAAAACCAAUAAAAUGACAACAAAAACAGCUGGCUACGAAUAUCCAUAUUCCUAUAAGGAAACUACUGAUGUAUUUAGUCGCUUGAAACUCAGACAUUUCGAACUAAUUUUCUAUUUAGAAAAAAUUGUCUUUCCAAACAACUUUUCUCUGUGACAUGACGCCAUAAAGUACGCCAAAWAACUACAACAAACGCGCUUAGCUGCUGCAAAGACACUACGCCGCGGUUUCAAAUAUUUUCGCUUUUGCCCCAAAUUUGGAAAAAAAAUUCGCAGUACCAAAAAAAAAAACAAAAAAGAAAGAAAGAAAGAAGAAUUCUAAACCACAAUAUGCAUACAAAUUCGGUGACCUACAUUGAAUAUGAAACGACAAUAACCGAAUCUUGUUCUUGUACUUGCACUCACAUUGUGGAUAUGUGCGAUGCGGAGCUAGCAGCGGCGAAGGGAGAAAAAGUCAGAAGGGCAAAAGGUGGCGCGGAGUUGCUUGAAAGGCAUUCGCGCACUAAAAAAUUUUCAAAGUUUUUCCAUGCAACUGGUUUGCGGAAAAUUAAAAGUUUAUUUACGCG